GCUGCUGCCAGCUGUUACAUUGAGCUGAUUGUGAAGGAGAGUGACAAUAAUGUCAAACUGAUUGUGCUUGAUCGUCUCAUCGCUCUGAAGGAGGUUCCUUUACACGAAAAAGUCUUGCAGGACCUGGUUAUGGACAUACUGAGAGUACUGAGUUCACCAGACCAUGAGGUCAGGAAGAAAACCUUGUCACUGGCCCUGGAAUUGGUUACAUCAAGGAAUAUGGAGGAGAUGGUGCUGGUACUGAGGAAAGAGGUUGUGAAAACCAACAAUGUGGAGCAUGAGGACACCGGAAAAUAUCGUCAGCUACUCGUACGAACUCUCCAUCAGUGCUGUAUCAAGUUCCCAGACAUUGCCAGCACAAUUAUUCCUGUGCUGAUCGAGUUCCUUGGGGACCAGAAUGAGCUUGCUGCCUUGGAUGUGCUCGUGUUCGUAAGAGAAGCUAUACAGAGGUUUGAGGAGCUUAGAGCUCUCAUCGUUGCAAAACUUCUGGAGAUCUUCCCCUCUAUCAAGGCAAUAAAAGUACACAGAGCGGCCCUGUGGAUCCUUGGAGAAUACUGUACAACCAACGAGGACAUCCAGAGUGUCAUGAAUCUUAUUCGCCAGUCCAUUGGAGAGAUUCCUAUUGUGGAUGAUGAAAUCAAGAAAGCUGCAGGAGAAGUGAAAGAUGAUGAGAUGCAGGGUGCUGGAGGUGCCCAGAAAUUGGUCACAGCAGAUGGAACAUACGCAACACAGAGUGCAUUCAGCACGGUCACAGUUUCCAAGAAAGAGGACAGACCACCAAUGAGACAGUAUAUGAUGGAUGGCGACUUCUUUGUCGGCGCAUCACUAGCCACCACCCUUACUAAACUUGCACUGCGGUACAUCUCCAACACUGAUAACAUCAAGCGUCAGAACGCUUUUCUAGCAGAAUCUAUGCUUGUUAUGGCAUCAAUCAUUCAUUUUGGAAAAUCUGGGCUUCCUACAAAGCCAAUCACUGACGAUGAUUUUGACCGCGUCGCAACCUGUCUGAGAGUACUGGCUGAGAGAAGUCCAAUCAUGGAAGGCAUAUUCAACAAUGACUGCCGCGAGUCUCUGUCUCUCAUGUUGGCUGCGAAGAUGGACGAGGAAAAAGAAAUGCAGAAAGUGUCAGAGCGUCGAGCGGUGAAAGUUCAGGCAGACGAUCCUAUAGCCUUCUCACAACUUAUCAACAAGGGAGAACUCGGCGCUACUGAGAAUAUGUUCGAGUUGACACUUUCCCAAGCCUUGGGUAUGAACACCAAGAAAGAUGCUGAUCCUGCAGGUUCCUCCAAACUAAACAAAGUGACACAGCUGACAGGAUUUUCUGACCCAGUAUAUGCUGAGGCCUACGUGAACGUGAACCAGUUUGACAUUGUACUGGACGUACUGGUGGUCAAUCAGACUGGAGACACACUACAAAACCUCACUCUAGAACUGGCCACUCUGGGAGAUUUGAAGCUUGUGGAGAAGCCUUCUCCUCUUACAAUGGCUCCCCAUGACUUCUGUAACAUCAAGGCCAACGUCAAGGUGGCAUCCACAGAAAAUGGAAUAAUCUUUGGAAAUAUAGUGUACGAUGUGUCCGGAGCAGCUAGUGACCGUAACUGUGUCGUCCUCAAUGACAUUCACAUUGACAUCAUGGACUAUAUCGUACCUGCAAUGUGUAACGACAGCGAAUUCCGUCAAAUGUGGGCGGAGUUUGAGUGGGAAAACAAGGUGGCAGUCAAUACAAAUAUUUCUAAUCUGACAGAGUUCCUACAACACGUGAUCAAGUGUACUAAUAUGAAGUGUCUUACUCCGGAAAAGGCUUUAUCUGGGGAGUGUGGGUUCAUGGCUGCUAACCUAUAUGCCAAAUCUAUCUUUGGUGAGGAUGUGCUUGCUAACCUGAGUGUGGAGAAACCUGCCCAUCUCUCUAAUGAUGCACCAGUACAAGGUCACAUCCGAAUUCGUGCCAAAAGUCAGGGUAUGGCUUUGAGUAUGGGAGACAAAAUCAACCUGUCACAGAAGAGAAUGUACAAGCCUGGCGCCUCGGCUUGAUGGGUCAAUACACCAGUGCAGAACAGAGUGUUGUCAUAGCAACCAAACAGAAAGAUUCCAAAUGGGGAAAGGCAAUAUUCAGAAUCGUCAGAUAUAAGUGAUUUAAGAUCCGCCGCAAACAUCUUUUGACUGUGUGUUUGAGAAAGUGUAGUAUGUUUAGGGACACUUGACAUUGUAAAGCACAUUACUUAUCUCCAGGUUGAACAUAUUGUAUAUAUCAAAUGUUCUCAAAUAGUAAACAAAACCUUCUUUAUAUCCGACAUUAUCAAGUUGAGUUUACCUUCAAAAAUAUGUAUGAGGUAAUGCUUUCACCAAUUCAUAGCCCUAUGUGCUUGAUAGGUAAAUUAUACCUAUCUUAAUUAUAAAAUUUUGCAGGUUUCACAUUUAAAAAUAAUUAAAUACUUGAGAUUUAAAAUAAAUAAUAUAUACCCUCA